UUUCUCUUCACGACACGCACACACAUACACAUUAACAUACACAAUACACAUACACUCCCUCUCUCUCUCUCUACAAUGGAGCUUUGAAUUGGAUGUAACGGUAUAAAAAUUACAGCGACAAAUCUCCAGGAUUCGGAACUCACUGACAAAGGAUUCCCUUUUACAUGUGAUUGACAAUGAAGAGGAGUGUGCCAUUUGCUUUGGAUAUUUCAUCGGAUGAUGAUGAUGAUGAUGAUAAACCUUCUCCAUCCAAUGGAAACAAAAAUCUUUCUAUUACCAAGCGCCCAAAAAUCGAGACUACACUUAUCAAUCCAAUUCCUGCCAAAGAAGUAAUAACCGAAGAAUUACUGAGAAAAAGUGCAAAAAUGUAUCAAGAAUUCAUGAAGGAGAUUCCGAUUCCGGCACAACAUCGGUCAAUCAUUCCAUUCAAGUCAUGGACCGGAUUAGCCAAUUCCAUGAAACAGAUGUACCAGCAACCACUCCAUUACUUGACCAACAUUCGAAUGAAAGAAUGGGAUGAAAUGAGAGAUGAUCCUCUGCCAUUGGACACCAUGAUUCAUCCCUGUAAAGCUGAAACAAACAUCUGGCUCAUUGAAGAAGUUCAUAGGCUGACAUCAUCCCAUCAGUUUCUUGCUAAAUUAUGGAUAGCUGAUCCUAUGUACUACACUUUUAUUGAUUCUGUUUUCCCCCAGUUAUGACACUCUAAUUACCAUCUCUAGACUCUCUAGCUUCUUAGUUUGCAGAUUUACUUUAGAAGAAAUAUGUUAGACUUUGCUUUUUAAGAAAUAUGUUGAUGGUUGCCCA